AUGGAGAACGACAAUCAAACCGCCAUCGACCUGUAUGCGCCCAUCGCUCUGGAGCACACCAGAGACCAAUAUUCCAAAGCUAAAAUCAACCUCGAGCAGCAACAUCUGCAACUCGCUGACCUGCAGGAGCAGCUCAUCAAUCAACAAGCCGAGAAGAUCGAAAGCCAACUUCUGCUUAUCAGACAGAAGGAUGCCACCAUCAUCGAUUUGCAGAAGAAAUGCGAGACCAUUCAGAGUCAGCACCUUGUUAUCAGAGAGAAGGAGGCUAUCAUCGUUGAGUUGCGGGACGAGCUUGAAAAGGUGCGGGGCGUGCUCACCAGUAUCGCCGAUAUCACCACGCCGAUAAGAUCAAAAGUGCCAGAGGAGAGUAAACCCCGCGAGGAGUUUGGUGAAUGUAGAGUCGGUGGUGAUAUAGCCCAGCAGAGUGUGACUGCGCAGGUUAUCUCUAGGCCCGUUACAAUGCUGAGAGUAGAUAAAGAGCUACCCGCGAUGCCACCUAAUAUGGAGAACUGCACGAUAGCAAACAGGCUUGAGUUAAAUCCCAGGGAACAGCCAGUGCCUCACAAAAUUGGCAGGUCAACAAUCGGGGAGCCACCGUCAUCUCCAACGCGCAGCCAAUACGGCCCAAGGAAUUCAAACGCCUACACUUCUCCGAGGGCUUUAUCGACAAUAUCAUUACCUCCCCAGGUAUUUCAAUCUUCCAUUAGGCCAGACCAGUCAACACCAAUGUCGCCGACGCCUCGACACCCACGAUAUGCAUCUCCUCUGAACACUGUUCGAGAGAUUUCUCCCCUAUCAUCGGCAAUUCUGAGCGCUCGUCAAGGAAACUUAACCUCUCUGGGCCAUUUUGGAAGCCCGUCGCGGGAGGGCCUUCGUACUUCGAUGUUGAGUCCUUCACUACCAAAACCGAAGAACGAAUCCCUCGCCGUGAAGGCCAUAUCCAUAGAGAAGGCCGAGAAGUUUAAGGGGCCAAAGGAGGUGGCUGAUGAUGAGGACGAGGAUGCAAUGAGGAAGAAAAUUCGUUCGGAGGCGGAGAAAAGAAAAGAGGCCGCGUUUAGCCAAAGUGAUAAGAUAGAAAGGGAUUCCACAAUUCUCACCUACAUUACCACCACACAAGAGGGCCCAACGGCGUCGAACAAGUCGUCGACAAUCAUCAAUCGGCUUGGAAGCACGAGUGAUAGAAUCGGCAAAAAGCUAGCCGAUUCUAAGAAAAAGAAGCCUGGGAUUCAAAAAUCCAGCAUUACUUACCCAUCUUUGAACCUGCUAUCAGCUGAGAUACCGCGGGAAGUGAGGAGUAAGUUUUCUGAAUCUCCCGACACCGCGACCGUAAACGAUGCAGAAUUUGGGCGAAUAACCGGACUGGUAGACCAGCAAGUAUCUGCAGAGAACCUCCCACCGAAUGGUGAAGCAUCUGGUGAAAACCGGAGAUAUCGAGAGGGUAAGACAGGUAAGGUUAUGGACAGAAUCAGAGGCUGGAAGGGGGGGAUAAGGGGUAAGGGAUAA